AUGAGAAAAGGCGACAUCCUUCCCUUCGGGGCCCCUCUGUGGGUGCCCGAGUCUACCAACGUCAUCACUGUGCUCCUCAUCGGAUGUUCCAUGAUCACCUCGACGACGUUCGGAUACGAUGCCUCCAUGAUAAAUGGCCUGAAUAUCUUGCCGUCCUACAAUGACUACUUCCACCUCAACACCACCACGACCGCCCUCAACACGGCCACGCUCUACCUGGGCGGCUGCAUCGCCGGCUUCGUCUGGGGCUCCCUGACCGACGCCAUCGGCCGCCGGCCGUCCCUCUUCUGGGCCGCGGUGCUGACCAUCAUCGCGGUGGCGCUGCAGACCGCCGCGCAGAACGUGGGCAUGUUCAUCUUCGCGCGCGUGCUCAUCGGCUUCGGCACCACGGCCUCGGGCAUCACGGGCCCCGCAUACCUGGCCGAGACCUUGCCCUGGCGGCGGCGGGCGUGGGGCUUGGGAAUCUUCAACGACUUCUACUACGUGGGCGGGCUCGUGGCGGCGGGGAUCACCUACGGCACGGCGGGGAUCGACGGCGAUUGGUCGUGGCGCCUGCCCAGCCUGGUCCAGGGGGUCUUUUCCCUGGCCUGCAUCGCCAUCAUUCCCUUCAUUCCCGAGUCACCGCGCUGGCUGGUCAGUCGGGGCAGGCGGGAGGAGGCGCUCAGCGUGCUAGCACGGACCAACGCCGGGGGGGACGAGAGCGACGAGGUGGUGCUCCUGCAGUUCAGGGAGAUCUGCGACACGCUCGAGUACGAGAAGAACGACGAGGCGCAGCUGUCGCUGAAGCAGAUCCUGCGGAACAGGGGGGCCAGGAAGAGACUGGUUAUCUCGGCUACGUGCGCCUUCUUCUCGACUCUUGCGGGGAACAUCAUUGCUAGCUACUAUCUCGGGCCCAUGCUUGACAAUGCUGGCAUCAAGGACGUCACCACCCAACUGCAAAUCAAUAUCAUCCUAAAUGCCUGGUGUCUCGUCGUGUCAAUAUUCGGCACCCUCUACACGGACAAGUUGGGCAUCAAGGCCACCGCGCUCGUCAGCACGGGCGUCAUGAUCGUCGCCAUCUUCCUGCUGGGCGCCCUGACCCGCAUCUACGGCAGCUCGAACUACAACCCGGGGAUCUACGGGACCGUGGCCAUGAUCUUCAUCUUCAUGGGCGCGUACAGCUUCGGGUGGACGCCGCUACUGUACCUGGUCCCCGCCGAGGUGCUCAACUACCGCAUCCGGGCCACGGGGAUGGGGUUUUUCAACUUUGUGCUCAAUGCCACGGCGCUAUGGGGGGUCUUCGCCUUCCCGUUCUCCCUCGAGGACAUCGGCUGGAAGACGUACAUGAUCAACGGCACGUGGGACGUGCUGGUCCUCGCCUUCGUCUGGUGGUACUGGGUCGAGAUCAAGGGCCUGACCCUGGAGGAGAUCGAUGCCGUCAUGGACGGCGUCAAGCAUUCUGAUGUGCCGGACGUUGAAGUUGUCGAGAAGGAGGGCUACAAAGCGGCAGUUUCGCGGGAAACCUGA